CUGAUAUGUAGCAAAGGAGCACCAAAACUGCAAAACUCCAAGCUGUCUGCUCUGUUUUCUGAUUUUCUGAACUGCUGCCUGGAGAUGGAUGUGGACAGGCGAAGUUCUACCAAGGAACUUCUGCAGAUAAAAUGUCUGCUCCGAGUACCAUCCCUGUCCCUUCUGCACCACCUUCUUAUGAGGAAACAACAGGAAUAAAUGUGAGCUAUCCUCACCCCUAUCCUGCCCCAGAACCUGGAUGGAAACCAGACGGGAAGGGAAUGAACCCUCCCUCAUACAUGGGACAGCCUGCACCAAUGAAUAACCCCAUUCAGACAGUGUAUGUGCAGCAACCAGUAGUAUUUCAUGACCGCCAAGUUCAGAUGUGCUGCCCUUCAUGUAACCAGAUGAUAGUGACACGUCUCUCAUAUGAAUCAGGAGCUUUGACUUGGCUGUCAUGUGGUGGCCUCUUCCUGGUGGGGUGUAUGUUUGGCUGCUGCUUAAUUCCUUUCUGCAUCGAUGCCUUAAAGGAUGUGGAUCACACCUGUCCAAACUGUCAUGCUCUUAUUGGUACUUACAAACGUUUAUAGGCAGUGUUUAAACAUCAAUAAGUGACUAGUGAAGUUGGCUAGCACUUCUACAAACCCUUUCUGAAUCUUUAUGGAGAUUUCUGGUUGUUUUUGUGCUUCCUGUCACUGGAAACCAAUCAAAAGUAAUGUUUAUUGUUAGAUUGUUUGAAUAAGAAUUUGCUUGAGGGGAAUCUGAUUAGGUCCGUAAAAUUGUGCAUAACCUUUAUGGGCCACUCAGUCCAGCACCAGUUGAUAGCAAUUGAAUGUUUUCUGUCUAUGCUUUAUGCAAAACAGCUUGGUGAUAGUCUUCAAUUAAUCAUGUCUCAGUCAUAUUGCACGCUGGUGUGACUACUUAGUCUCAGCAAAGACCAAGGUGAGAAUGUCUAUGAAGACUUAAGUAUUCUCAUGCUCGGUGUUGAUGCUUUUGCAACAGCACUGUUUACAGGCUGGCAGUGAGUUGCUUGUCACUGAGACAGGUGCCUGUCUUUCAUGAAAUAAGUGAUUUGUUGGUAUCUUUUCACAAGCACUAAAAUUUUCUUAGUUGAAAAUACCAAACCUAAAGACUUCUUCCUUCUUGAAGGCUGUUUUACCAAAUAGACAACUCAGGUUAUUGUGCAUCAAUGGUGAUUCAAUCUAUUACUUGAGU